UUGAGUUGUUCGGCCACACUGUGAAUCGUUUUAUGAUCAUUACCACACUUAACUAAACCAUCGAGUUACAUCGAGUUACAUCCAAUAAUCCAAAAUUACAAUCGAGUUUUAACAACUAACAUGACAGUUUGUUAUUAAAAUAAAAAAAAAAAGCUCAUCUAGAUUUUUCAUCUACAUUUUUUUCUAAGGAUGCAUGGACGAGUGUGGGCUGCUUUCACCCUGUUGGUAACAGGAGCUGUCCUGCAACUAACGUCUGCGCAAGAUAGCAUCACUUCAGAUAUCAGAGAAGGAAAGGAACUUAUUUUAAGUAUAAGUGAUGAGUCAAAAACCCAAUACUUGAAUCAAGAUUUCGAAACGAACUCUUAUAAUUAUGGGUAUGAAAUUGGACCAGAUGGUCAAUUUCACCAUGAAAUACAUGGAGAGGAUGGAGUGACGUAUGGAUGCUAUGGAUAUAUCGAUCCAUUUGGGGAACUUCAAGCGACCUUUUAUGUAAGCGAUGGUUGGGGUUACAGAGUAGUUCGUCCAGGAGAGGAGAUUGAAUUAUUCCUUCAUGAACAUGAACAUCACGGUUCAGAUUCCGGCAACCAUGAUCACGAUAACAACAACAGUGACGGCGAUGAUCAUCACAAUCAUCAUGGUAUCAUCACGCCUUGGAGAGACUUAAAGUUCCCUAAAGAUUGUCGUCAAUUUGAAAAUCCUGGUCCAAGACCAACACGACCAUCACGACCAGUUCCUGGAAAUCCAGAUAAUGGAGUACCAUCAGAGUCCAAUAAUAUUCCCGGAUCUUCAUAUCCUGGACAAACUGGAAAUGGAAUUCCAUCAAGACCUGAAAACCCAAAUGGACAAUACCCAGAUCAAACUGGAGGUGGUUCUAAUUCAAAACCAGGAAGUGGAACUUCUAAACCAGGUUAUCCUUCCCAACCUGGCUAUCCAUCACAGCCAGGAUAUCCGUCUCAGCCUAGCUACCCAUCUCAACCAGGCUAUCCAUCCCAACCAAGUUAUCCAUCUCAACCAAGUUAUCCAUCCCAACCAAGUUAUCCAUCCCAACCAAGUUAUCCGUCCCAACCAGGUUAUCCGUCCCAACCAGGUUAUCCAUCUCAACCAAGUUAUCCAUCUCAACCAAGUUAUCCAUCCCAACCAAGUUAUCCAUCUCAACCAAGUUAUCCAUCACAACCAAGCCAUCCUGGACAAACACCAAGUGGAAAUGAAAGCCCAUCAUCUUCGAGCCCAAUUCCAGGAAGACCUGAAUCACCAUCAUCUCGACCACCUCAAAAUAAACCAGGGCCAUCGAAACCUGAAAAGCCGAUACAUUCAAAACCGGGACGACCCGGAAAACCGAAUAAGCCUGGAAAUGGUCAAGAUAAACCAAUUCAAGGCGUAAAACCUAGUCAAGGAAAACCACCCCAUGGACAUAGCAAACCAGGUAAACCAGGAUACCCAGAACAGACAACACAAAAACCGUCACAAACAUUACAACCAGAGUAUCCAGAAUAUCCAUCGUCACCGGAGCUGCCAAAGCCAAUCACACCAGAUGGACCGUCACAAGUACCAACGGGUGGAGCUUCUAAUCCACAACAACCUCAAUACCCAUCAGGCUCAGGCUCAGGCACAGGAAGUGGUUUCCCGGGUAGUCAAGGAUAUCCAGGGUCUUCAGGAAUUCCAGGAAGUGAAUCACAGCCAUCAACACCAAAACCACGUCCUCCACAACAAAAGCCUGAUCACCAUCAACCCGGCUCAUUCCCAUCUCAUGGUGGGUCUUCGUCUUCUUAUCCAUUGGGUCCAGGAAGUGGUUACCCUACUAGUCCAGGAUAUCCUGGAUCAGCAGGAGUCGGCUCUUAUCCAUCACAACCUAAACCACAGCCUCCUCAUUCUGGAUCAGCUCAUCCAUCCGGUGGAUCUAAUCAACCUCAACAACCACAGUAUCCUGGAUCUUCGGGAGGUGGCUCUUAUCCAUUACAACCUAAACCGCAACCUCCUCAUUCUGGAUCAACUCAUCCAUCCAGCGGAUCCAAUCAACCUCAACAACCGCAGUAUCCUGGAUCUUCGGGAGGUGGCUCUUAUCCAUCAAAACCUGAACCGCAACCUCCUCAAACUGGAUCACCUCAUCCAUCCGGCGGAUCCAAUCAACCUCAAGAACCUCAGUAUCCUGUAUCUGGCCCAGGAAAUGGUUACCCUACUAGUCCAGGAUAUCCUGGAACUGCAGGAGGUGGCUCUUAUCCAUCACAACCUAAGCCGCAGCCUCCUCAAACUGGAUCAACUCAUCCAUCCGGCGGAUCUAAUCAACCUCAACAACCGCAGUAUCCUGGAUCUGGCCCAGGAAGUGGUUACCCUACUAGUCCAGGAUAUCCUGGAUCUUCAGAAGGUGGCUCUUAUCCAUCACAACCUAAACCGCAGCCUCCUCAUUCUGGAUCAACCCAUCCAUCCGGUGGAUCCAAUCAACCUCAACAACCGCAGUAUCCUGGAUCUUCGGGAGGUGGCUCUUAUCCAUCAAAACCUAAACCGCAACCUCCUCAUUCUGGAUCAACUCAUCCAUCCGGCGGAUCUAAUCAACCUCAACAACCGCAGUAUCCUGGAUCUAGCCCAGGAAGUGGUUACCCUACUAGUCCAGGAUAUCCUGGAUCUGCAGGAGGUGGCUCUUAUCCAUCACAACCUAAACCACAGCCUCCUCAUUCUGGAUCAACUCUUCCAUCCGGCGGAUCCAAUCAACCUCAACAACCUCAGUAUCCUGGAUCUGGCUCAGGAAAUGGUUACCCUACUAGUCCAGAAUAUCCUGGAUCUGCAGGAGGUGGCUCUUAUCCAUCAAAACCUAAACCACAACCUCCUCAUACUGGAUCACCUCAUCCAUCCGGCGGAUCUAAUCAACCUCAACAACCGCAGUAUCCUGGAUCUAGCCCAGGAAGUGGUUACCCUACUAGUCCAGGAUAUCCUGGAUCUGCAGGAGGUGGCUCUUAUCCAUCACUACCUAAACCACAGCCUCCUCAUUCUGGAUCAACUCAUCCAUCCGGCGGAUCCAAUCAACCUCAACAACCUCAGUAUCCUGGAUCUGGCCCAGGAAAUGGUUACCCUACUAGUCCAGAAUAUCCUGGAUCUGCAGGAGGUGGCUCUUAUCCAUCACAACCUAAACCGCAGCCUCCCCAUUCUGGAUCUAAUCAACCUCAACAACCACAGCAUCCUGGAACUGGCCCAGGAAAUGGUUACCCUACUAGUCCAGGAUAUCCUGGAUCUGCAGGAGGUGGCUCUUAUCCAUCAAAACCUAAACCACAACCUCCUCAUACUGGAUCACCUCAUCCAUCCGGCGGAUCCAAUAAACCUCAACAACCUCAGUAUCCUGGAUCUGGCCCAGAAAAUGGUUACCCUACUAGUCCAGGAUAUCCUGGAUCUGCAGGAGGUGGCUCUUAUCCAUCACAACCUAAGCCGCAGCCUCCUCAUUCUGGAUCAACUCACCCAUCCGGUGGAUCUAAUCAACCUCAACAACCGCAGUAUCCUGGAUCUUCGGGAAGUGGCUCUUAUCCAUCAAAACCUAAACCGAAACCUCCUCAAACUGGAUUAGCUCAUCCAUCCGGCGAAUCCAAUCAACCUCAGCAACCGCAGUAUCCUGGAUCUGGCCCAGGAAAUGGUUACCCUACUAGUCCAGGAUACCCUGGAACUGCAGGAGGUGGCUCUUAUCCAUCACAACCUAAGCCGCAGCCUCCUCAAACUGGAUCAACUCAUCCAUCCGGCGGAUCUAAUCAACCUCAACAACCGCAGUAUCCUGGAUCUGGCCCAGGAAGUGGUUACCCUACUAGUCCAGGAUAUCCUGGAACUGCAGGAGGUGGCUCUUAUCCAUCAAAACCUAAACCGCAACCUCCUCAUUCUGGAUCAACUCAUCCAUCCGGCGGAUCCAAUCAACCUCAACAACCGCAGUAUCCUUCGGGCUCAGGAAGUGGUUUUCCUGGUAAUCAAGGAUAUCCAGAGUCUCCAGGAUCUCAACCAUCAACACCGAAACCACAUCCUCCGCAACAAAAGCCUGGUCACCCUCAACCCGGUUCAUUCCCAUCUCAAGGUGGAUCUUAUCCACAAACACCACUACUACCUCCGGAUUCACAGCCUGGUCAUGGAAAACCAACAGAAGAACAAAAACCGUCUACUCAACCAUUAUAUCCUCCAUUGGAACCAUCUUACCCUUCAGGACCAGAGUAUCCGUCAUCGCCAGAACUUCCAAUGCCUAUAUACCCCGAAAAACCAUCUUCAGGUUCAGGAUCUUCUUAUCCUCAACAACCUCAAUAUCCUGGAUCAUCUGGAGGAUCAUAUCCAUCAAAACCUAAGCCGAAACCCCCUCAACACAGGCCAGGUCAUCCUCAAGCUGGAUCAACUCAUCCGUCCGGUGGAUCUAAUCAACCUCAACAACCGCAGUAUCCUGGAUCUGGCCCAGAAAGUGGUUACCCUACUAGUCCAGGAUAUCCUGGAUCUGCAGGAGGUGGCUCUUAUCCAUCGCAACCUAAGCCGCAGCCUCCUCAUUCUGGAUCAACUCAUCCAUCCGGCGGAUCCAAUCAACCUCAACAACCGCAGUAUCCUGGAUCUUCGGGAGGUAGCUCUUAUCCAUCAAAACCUAAACCACAACCUCCUCAAACUGGAUCAUCUUAUCCAUCCGGCGGAACCAAUCAACAACCGCAGUAUCCUGUAAAUGGUUACCCUACUAAUCCAGGAUAUCCUGCAUCUUCAGGAGGUGGCUCUUAUCCUUCAAAACCUAAACCGCAGCCUCCUCAACAUAGACCUGGUCAUACUCAAACUGGAUCAGCUCAUCCAUCUGGCGGAUCUAAUCAACCUCAACAACCGCAGUACCCAUCGGGCUCAGGAAGUGGUUUCCCUAAUAAUCAAGGACAACCUGGAUCUUCAGGAUUUCCAGCAAGUGGAUCACAGCCAUCAACACCAAAACCUCGUCCUCCACAGCAAAAGCCAGGUCAUCCUCAACUCGGUUCAUUCCCAUCCCAAGGUGGUUCUUCGUCAUCUCAUCCAUCAGGCUCAGGAAGUGGAUAUCCUACUAAUCAAGGAUACCCCGCAUCUGUAGGAUAUCCAGGUUCACAGCCGUCAACACCAAACCCACGUCCUCCACAACAGAAGCCUUCUCCUGAGCAUGAAAAACCAAUGAAACCCGAAACUCCUUCAUAUCCUUCAUAUACCGGACAAUCUCAAAACGGAAAUUAUCCUGGAAAUCAAGGCUACCCCGGUAACCAAGGAUAUCCUGGUAGUGGAUCAUACCCAUCAACCUCCAAACCAGGUCGUCCACAUCAUAAACCAUCUCACGGCCAUGGAAAGCCUCCUCACGGACAAAGACCAACGACGACAUCUCCCCAACCAGGACAUCCAUCGACAUCAAAACCUGGUAGGCCUUCGAAACCAUCAACUUCACCUGGUCAAUCUACAGUCACUUCUGGAUAUCCUUCACACACUGGUACUGGUUCAACCACCCGUCCCCGACCACCGUCUUAUCCAAGUACAAGUACCACUUCACACGGUGGUCAAACACCAGUUCGUCCAACAAGACCAACUCCUCCCUCGUCAGGAUACCCUCCUGGUGGUACAAACUAUCCAGCAAGACCAGGCUCAUCUGAUUCAAAUCAACCGGUUUACCCUGGCACUAUCGACUCCGGUUAUCCAGGACCCUCUAAUACCGGUUCUGGAUACCCAUCAGUACCACAGCAACCUGAUAAUUUAUUACCUCCAUAUCCUGGAUAUCCAGAUCCCGAUGAUCCCAAUUAUCCUGGCUACCCUCCAGCUCCAACCGGUCCAGUAGGACCUACAGGUACGUUUCCGGGAGCACCUGGUAGUCCAGGCGGACCAGGAGGACCUGGUGGCCCAGGAGGACCUGGACUUGAAGGACCUGGUGGCCCAGGAGGGCCAGGAGGACCUGGAGGACCUGGAGGACCUGGAGGACCUGGACUUGAAGGACCAGAAGGCCCAGUUGGUGGAACAGGACCAGUAGGAGGAAUUGGAGGUGUUGGUGGUGUUGGAGGAACUGGACCAGCUGGGCCAGAUGGUCCAUGGCCUACGGGAGAUCCUGGUCCAGACGGUCCUUGGCCAGGAGAUCCAGCUUAUGACAAACAACCCCGUACCAACGAGAACUAUCAAAAUGCUUACGAUGAACAAGAACUUCCGAUUGAAUCAGAACUUGAGCUUGAAGAAAAAUCUUUAGAAUUUUCGUCUUUAAAGCAAGCUCCAGUCGAUCAAGGAUAUAACUAUGAAAAACCCAGAGAAUCUUUUCGAGACAAUUUUCAACCAGCUCCAUUUUCACUGACUGAAAAUUCACCUCAACCUGUUGAUGAUUCAAACGUCGAAAAUAUCGAACCACAAAAUGAAGAUCACCAAUUUGAGUCUGUACAACGUUCUAUGCCAUCAGAUGUAGCAGCUGACCAUCUACCGCAGAUAAACAGUCAACAACGAUCAUCUGAACGAAGAAACAAGGCGAGCUUACAAAAAUCCGGCCGCAGUGAAUUUCUGUCUGAAGAUCAAGUAUUAUCAUUGAAUCAAGACCCCGAAUUUGCAUAUCAAGUAUCAAAGUACAAUGAAAAGUUUCAAAGGCUAUCAGCAAAGGCUCGAAAUGACAAUAAUCUAGAUCUGCAAGUUCCCAAUGAUGAAGAGCCAAUGAUUGAUAUAGAAAAAUUAUCUAAUAAUAAUGAAAAAUCAAGAAUAGAAGACUCUGGUCCAGUUGAAAUAAAGCCUAUUUCUCUACCUGUUGGUCCAAAUCCUGAAAAGUGUCCUUGUUAUAUUGUUGAAUCGAAAAAUUCGACAAAUUUAGUCACGACAACGUCAGCGCCGGUUCUUGAUCAAUUUAAUUACACGCCUAUUACCGGACAAGUUGGAUUUAUUCCAGUAAUAUUUUUCCCGUAUUGUCCAGGCGAGGAAAGUAAAACAGAAAGUAUGACAAAAGCCAUGUUUCCCUCGGCAGCUUCGGUCCCCUAUCCUUGCAGUAUUUGCAGUGGUAAAGAAUCCGGAUUUAUCGGUGGAAAAAUUUUAGACCUAAGUCAACUCAGCAACAUCAAAGCCAUCAAACACGUUAUCUCUGAAGCGAAUUUCGGAUUGUUGAAUGUUCCGAUUAAUAAUAUCAGCAAACGUCACUCUAAUGCAUCGAGGCAAGAUAGACGGAGAGUAAACAGUUAUAAUUAAUUAGAAUACCGAAUCGAAUAUUAUUACUAGAACUAAUUAAUUAACAACAUCUAAUCAGAUAGCUGUCAAAAUUUAAAUUCAUGGAUUCACAUGGUUUGUAGACCGCUGAAAAGAUAUCAGCUACUGAACGUGGUUAAAUUAAUUGUCGGACUGACGAUUUGAUAUAACUGUAUUUAGAGCUAUAUCAGUAGUUUAAUCUUUCCCUCUCUACAGAGUACGGUCUCUGGUGUUUUAUCACUGAUUAUAUAUAUAU